GCCUCCCCCAGCCCCGCGGCCAAGGAGGGCGGGGAGCGGGUAACGCCCCGGCCCCCCCGCCGGGCAAGUGCCACCCUUUGGCGCGGCGGGGGCGGGCGGCGCGGCGGCGCUGCAUAUAAGCGAGGCGCGGAGGCCCGGCCAGGGCCAGGUCCAGGGGCAGGGCGCAGGGAGGGGCUUGCAGCCGGCGGGGCUCGGCGCUGGCAGCUCAGUGGCGCGGCGGCCGCGUUCGCUCCCGGUCCGGGGCCAGCUGCCGGGAUGGGGCGCUACUCGGGCAAGACCUGCCGCCUGAUCUUCAUGCUGGUGCUGACCGCCGGCUUCUUCGUGGCCGAGCUGGUCUCCGGCUACCUGGGCAACUCCAUCGCGCUGGUGUCGGACUCGUUCAACAUGCUCUCGGACCUCAUCUCGCUGUGCGUGGGCAUCGCCACCGGGCGCAUCUCCCGCCGCGCCCGCCGGGGCCCCGGCGCCACCUACGGCUACGGCCGCGCCGAGGCGGUGGGGGCGCUGAGCAACGCCGUCUUCCUCACCGCCCUCUGCUUCACCAUCCUGGUGGAGGCGGUGCUGCGCCUGGCCCGGCCCGAGCGCAUCGAUGGCCCCGAGCUGGUGCUCAUCGUAGGGGCGCUGGGCCUGGCCGUCAACCUGGUGGGGCUGCUCAUCUUUCAGGACUGGGGCUCCUGCUGCAGCCGCCUGCAGCCCCGCGCCGCCGCAGCCCCGGAGCAGCUCCAGGCGGUGCCCGGCCCCGGGCGGGAGGAGGCGGCCGUGGUGGAGUGUCAGGAGGCUGUUGAAGCAGGUGAUUCCCUGAACACUCAGAAAAGGCCUGAAGAGCAGACAGUACAGAAAAAAGAGAAAAAAUCUGAAGCUUUGAACAUCAGAGGUGUUCUUUUACAUGUGAUGGGAGAUGCACUUGGAUCUGUGGUUGUGGUAGUUGCUGCUGCAAUAUUCUAUGCACUUCCCCUGGAUGCCAAUACUCCGUGUAACUGGCAAUGUUACAUUGAUCCAAGCCUGACAUUAAUUAUGGUGGUCAUCAUUUUGUCCUCUGCCUUCCCACUUAUCAAAGAGACCGCAACCAUUUUACUGCAGAUGGUUCCCAAAGGUGUUAAUAUGCAAGGACUGACGGAAAGACUAACUGAUGUGCCAGGGGUUAGCAGCCUUCAUGAGGUGCAUGUCUGGGAACUGGCAGGUGGAAAGAAUAUUGCUACCCUUCAUGUCAAGUGCCAAACCACUUCUGAUUACCAAGAUGCCUCUUAUAAAAUGCGGGAGGUUUUCCACGAAGCAGGGAUCCAUUCUGUAACCAUCCAACCGGAGUACAUUGACCACAAGACCUCUGAGCUAAUAUGCAGCUCACCCUGUAUCUCAAAAGCUUGUGCGUCUCAGUUAUGUUGCCCUCAGCAGGAAGUUGCACUUACUCAUGAUAAUGGUUAUCUUGAGAAAAAUGGCCUUUCCCCAACACUGCGUAAAAACAAUAGUUUAAAUAAAAAUGCUGUUGAAAUUCCUAUUGAGCAUACAUUGGCAGGGGCUGUAAUUAAAAAUACAGACAAUUGUAAAAAAUCAGAUGACAGAUCAUAUCUACACAGUACACACUUUUAAAACAGUUAAUUUUACACUUCAUAGUCUCUGUAUAGAACAAAGCCUAAUGGCCAAAAAAGUCAGAGGCCAUUGGUUGGAGCUGAAGUGCGCGUUGGAAAAGCCAUCUCUGUUGUAGCUAUAAACCAAAACGUAUGUAAAAACCUGUUAUCUGAAAUAAGGAUUAUCAUCAUCUUAAUUUUUUGCAUUCACUUAAAAUAGUUAUAAUGCAAUUUAACACUAAUUUCUUGAGCUAACUAGAUGGGAAUUUUUAUUUUUAGAGUGUAGCAGGUGUAUUGCAGUGUAGAUUGAUGCUCACAGUUUAUGGCCAAUAGCACUGGUCUUUUUACUGAAAUGGCUGCUUAAUGAAAGCCCUGUAGUGCAUUGAUGAUUCUACUGGAUUGAACUAUUGUAUCAUCAUUAAGGAAUUUAGUAGAUAUGUUUUUCUCUAAUCCUUAAACUCAGUUUACAUAGUCAGGAAUGUUCAGUUGUACCCAUAACUCUUGUGCUUCUGAACUGUGAGCUUGUGAAUGAUAGCUGGAAAACACACACAGGAAUGUUUGACUUAUUAUUUUCUGGACUGCCUCUUGUUUUGAGGGGAUGGAGCAGAAGCGGAUUUCUUCUCUAAUAAUAGUAUAUUAUAUUAUAUAGUAAUAUAUUUAUUUCUGAUUAGUGUAAAGAAUGCACUUGCCGACAUUAAAGCACAGGAAUAUUUGAUAAUUAAUUUUGUAUGAGGAUUGUAUCUACUCUAGUAAAUGGAAAUGUAGACACUCAUCCAAUUAAUUCUGUGUUUGUUCACCAUUUUGAUUGUAAAAUUCAAUUUGUUUUGCUGACCAAAGUAAUUAUAACAACUACAACUGGGUCCAAUGUGUCAAGUUAGGUGGGAAUUACUGUGAUUUCUUUAACAUACCGUAUCUUAGUUGUCAUUCAUAAUGAAUAAAUAAGCUAGUGUUACCUAUUCAUGAAUA